GCUUUUGGAUUCUUCCCUGGCCCAUUGAUGAGCGAGGGAAAGGAGGGUCAAGUUUUAGAGUUUUCCCUUAUCAACAGCAUACGAGAUACCAGUGUGCCAAAGGACCCAAAGAUCCUCUCGGCGCUGGAGGCCGCGGGGAAAUGUGAGAGUAACCUGGAGGACAGAAUCAUCUGCAUAUGCAGCGGCACGGACCUCGUUAACCUGAGCUUCAUGUACAUGGUCACACAAAACAGCAGCACUGCUAAGCGAUGGAUGGACGGCUUGCGGUCAUUGAUUCAAAACUCUCGAGCGAAUAACGUGUGUCCGAUGACCUGCCUGAGAAAACAUUGGAUGCGGUUGUCAUUUUUGACCAAUGUGAAUGGAAAAAUACCCGUCAGGAGUAUCACACGAACCUUUGCCUCGGGCAAAACAGAGAAGGGUAUUUUCCAGGCGCUGAAGGAUCUCGGUUUACCAAGUGGAAAGAACGAUGAAAUCGAGCAUGAGGUCUUCAAAUUUGACAAGUUCUACAGCCUUACGCAGAAGAUUUGCCCCAGAACUGAUAUUGAAGCACUGUUCAAGACACUCAGGGGAGACAAAAGCGAUUAUUUAAGCGUAGACCAGUUAGUCCACUUUUUGAACGAAAAUCAGAGAGAUCCGCGUCUGAAUGAAAUACUCUUCCCGUUCUUCGACUCUAAAUGUGCUUUCCAAAUCAUACAGCGAUAUGAACCUGAUGACAGACUGAAGAGGAAAGGUCUGAUGUCAUGUGAUGGGUUCUGCCGGUAUCUGAUGUCUGAUGAAAACGCUCCUGUGUUUCUGGACCGGCUGGAGGUUUAUCAGGAGAUGGAUCAUCCGCUGUCUCACUACUUCAUCAACUCGUCUCACAACACGUACCUGAGCGGGAGAGGGUUUGGAGUUUGGUGGUGUGUUGAGUUGGACUGCUGGGAUGGAAAAGGUGAAGAUCAGGAACCUAUAAUCACCCACGGCAAGGCCAUGUGCACAGACGUCCUCUUUAAGGACGUCAUUCAGGGAAUUAAAGAAAUGGCCUUCCUGACAUCUCAGAGUAAUCCGGUGAUCCUGUCCUUCGAAAACCACUGCACGUACAACAGCUGGAGCACUUCAGGAAGCACAUGGAGGCCGGAGAGCCGAGCAUCUCCACAAACAUGUCUGAAGAAUGAGAAUGGAGAUGAGACGUCCACAAGGAGUUUCACUGCUAUUUUGUCACAGGCUGGUGAGACGAAUGUGGCUGACGAACAAGCACUGAUUCAGUCGUACACGUAUGUGGCUGGGCCACCCACAAACAUCCACCCGAUCUGUCCAACAUCGUCAACAUGCCAACUACGUCCAGGCGUCAGGCCGUCAAGUUCACCAGCUUUGAUGAAGCCGAAGUGUGAAGCAGCAGACCUGCAGCGUGAGGAUGCCUUCCAGGAAAAAGCUGAGUUUAAAGUGUGCAGAACUCCCCUAAACCUUUCUGUGUUAGUUUCCUUGAAUGAGAUGCGCAGCUACAACAAACGGCAGAUGAGUCGCAUCUACCCCAAAGGAGGCCGAGUGGACUCCAGUUCCUUGAAUGAGAUGCGAUCUUCUGGAACGGCUGGCUGCCAGAUGUUUGGAGCUGUAGUAAGUCUGUUGUUUUCUGUAGAUUUGGCGAUGCAGCUCAACCAAGGGAAAUUUGAAUAUAACGGCUCAUGCGGGUUUCUGCUGAAGCCUGAUUUCAUGCGGCGGCCCGAUCGCAUGUUCGACCCGUUCUCAGAGACGCCGGAAGGAGUGAUCGCCGCCACCUGCAGCGUCCAGGUGAUUUCAGGCCAGUUUCUGUCGGAUAAGAAGAUCGGCACGUACGUGGAGGUGGACAUGUACGGCCUACCCACGGACACCAUCCGUAAAGAGUUUCGCACGAGGAUGGUGAUGAACAAUGGCCUGAAUCCCGUCUACAGCGGAGAAGCGUUCGUCUUCAGGAAGGUGAUCCUCCCAGACCUGGCUGUGCUGCGUGUGGCCGUGUACGACGACAACAAUAAGCUGAUAGGACAGCGCAUUCUCCCGCUGGACGGACUGCAGUCGGGUUACAGGCACAUCUCCCUACGAAACGAGUACAACAAGCCUCUGUCUCUGGCCACCGUCUUCUGCAGAAUCAUCCUCAAGACAUACGUGCCCGACGGCUUCGGAGCGAUUGCAGAUGCCCUGUCUGAUCCCAAGAAGUUCUUAUCGGUCUGUGAGAAAAGAAAGGGCAAAUCAGAUAUCGCCGAUGUGCCGAAUGACGGCUGGAUGGGGAACAGGAAGCGGAAGGCGAUGCUGCAGCAGAAAGACUCCGAGAGACUGAGAGCAGCGCCGGGACAGAGCCCACUCAUCUGCUGCAUGCGCAAAGAGGAGCUCACGUCUGAAUCAGCCAGCUUGUUGAUUUAUUCACAUAUUAAGUAUCAUAUUUUGCUUUCUGAAUCUGUAGAUACAUCAGUGCUCGCACCUCAGCUGACCAUCGAUGACCUAAAGCAAACGAAGACCUACUUGAAGCUCGUCAAGAAGCAGCAGAAGGACGUGAGUGCUUUGAAGAAAAAGCAGGCGAAGGCCCAUGUCGCACUGCAGAGCUCCCACUGCACUCAAGUGGACAGGACUGUUGCUCAACAUGAUAAAGAGAAACAAGCUCUGGAGAAGCAGCUCGAGAAGAGCAUCAGGAAAGUGAGUGACGGUAACAGCCUUGAAAUGAGCAGAGACAUCGAAAGGCAGAUCAAGACUUUAACAAGCGAUCACAAAUCAAAGGUGAAGGACAUGGUGGCCGCUCACGCGCUGGAAUGGACAGAAAUGAUCAAAUGGCACUCGGCUGAAGAGCAGACUGUGAGGGAGCAACACGUGAUUCAACAGUGCGAGACGCUCCGGAAACUGCUGCUGAUGGAGCAGGAGCAGGCAAAAACACAGCAGCUCUGGCUCCUCCAUGAGAGAAAUAAAGCUAGAUGCGUCCCAACCAAGCGAAGACCCUCGAUGGAGAGCAGCAAGAAGCCAUCAGUCAAGACAAAAGAGCAUAAAGACAGGCUGAGAGGGAAACGGUAA